UCAGCUUCUGCUUUGGGGGAACUGAGAUGUGAAUAUUUAAUGAGCACAACUUCCUCGACCUCUCUCAGAGUCAUGCUCACACUGUCCUUCCUAAAUCUGUGCAGUCGGAUCUGCUUCUUUAGCCAAUUCCUUAUCCGUUUAACGACAUUGUCUACUUCAGUCUGAAUCUCCUCUUUGUGUGUUUCAUCUUGGACUACUAGUGGUGUCAAGUGGUCGUCCAAUGUGUCACGCAGCUUCUCAGCAAAACUUUUCAGCUUGCCAUUGGAAAUGUUGCUGUCAGAAGUCUCAAAGAGGCAAACCUCUCUUGACCCACUUCUUGUAUCCUGAUCUUUUGGUGUAAUGACCUCUGUUAAAAGGUUAUCCACACUCUUAAUCAGCUGUGAAGUGUCUAAUUCCACAACUUCCUGUCCUUGAUGGGAGGCCUGCUUGCGUCUGACUUUAGACAUCAUGCUCAGGAUUGACCCUCGAGCAAAUGUUUGGACAAAGACAGUCCUCAUCCUGUCGAUGAUCUUCCUCCUGUUGUGUCUUAAGGUCUCUUUUGUGCAUGAUUGUUUCUCUCCAACCAGGUCCUGUGAAGCCUCAUUUGAAAAAGCUUCUACAAUCCGAAAUGAUAACUCUGAUAACUCUGAGUCCUUGCUGGUUUUAGAAAGAAGCAGGCUAUCUUCUUCCUCUGUGAAGUAACUCAGAGAAUCAUGAGAAAUCUUUUCCAGUUGUUCAACCAGGAUUUGAAGAACAGCUACAGAGGUCGGAGUGGAUUCCACCACCACCUCUUCCUUUUCCUGCAGAGUGCAGGUUGAUUCGACUUUCUCAAACUCCUGCUCAGCUUGAGCUGUAUCCUCAGUCUCCUCCACCCUCUUCUCCUGGUGUGACGUUGACAUCUCACCUUCCCGAGCUUUCUUGAGCUUCUUUUUAGUCAUCAUUUUACUCGCCUUUCUGGAGCACUUUUUGAGAAUCGCCUUCAAGUGUCCAGUCAGUUUGGUUAGACAAAUGGGAGGGGGCUUGUGCUCCUCCGAGUCGGCAGUGUCACUUGUUUUAGACAGCCUGGAGUUUACUCUCUCUGUGACUGCUGUGACCAUGACUUCUGUCAUCUGCUCACACUUAAGGUAGUGGAUGUCACCUACACCCUGGAUUUCUGCCACAGUCUGUGUGAUGACUUCACCCAUGUUCCCUAAACAUUCUUGCACGUCCUCCUCACACACAGGUGUAGCAGAUCCUUUCUGUUUUUCAAGUCUCCUGCUUAAAGACUCAUAGAGACUUUCCCCCAAAAAUUCAAUUAUAGUGACACACAAAUCUGUCAGAAGAGAGGAGGUAUCUGGGUCAAGAAACCCAGUCUCCAGUCUCUGCCAGUUUUGCGCCGUCAGCCGUUCUAAGACCGCACGGAUGACUGGCUUUAGGGUCUCUUUGGAUGCCAGAUGAAACUUCUGUUCCACCCUCUGUGGUGUGCUGUUGAGACUCAUAGCUGUGUUUGUGUUUGUUAGUUGUUUUGAAAAGAUUGUGUUUGAGCAAUGAUCUUGAAGCAAGGUCCAAUUUGGUUUUCUUCUCCUUGGUGCGCUCAGUUAAUGCUUUUCAUGCUGCCUCUGAUUGCGUUCGACCUUAAGUCCACUCUGAUACAUCAAAGCUCUGAUGACAUCAGAGCUUUCAUGUCAUCACAGUGAUGACAUCACAGUGAUGUUGCCAUAGUAACGGGGAACUCCACCUGGACAUUACAGUGAUGUCAUAGCUUAUGUCACUGCAUGGCUGGCCUGUUACUAUGGCAACAGAUCACAACUAAAUUCUGCCACACCUUAAAGAGGACAUGAAACACACCACAUUGGCAACUUCAGGUGGUAAAAAAUAUCUUUUCAACUUUGCUAUGUUCACACUGCAGGUCUAUUCUGAUUUUUUUUAACCAUAUGUGACACAUAUCUGAAUUUUUCAUCUAAGUGUGAACAGUGCAUUUUUGAUUUGUUGUAAUCCGACCCAGGCCUCUUUUGUAUGUGGAUAUAAAUUGGAUAUGUAUGUGAUGUGACUGCAGUGUGGACGCUCAGGUCGCGUUCAUCCAACCUAUACAGCAUCAAUAUGCGACAAACGUCACCAUUGUUCGACAACACAAACAGGCGCGGAAAGCAAUUUGUGCUUUGUACGCUUCACUUCACACUUCACAGACACAUUUUGUUCACAUUGGAUAACGCAUUCGUAUUUGUAAGGUGAACGACCGCACAAAAAGAUCGGAUUUAACAAAAAAUCCGAAUUGUGCAUCAUAACCUGCAGUAUGAACGACUAAUUUCUUUAAUAAUAAUAAUAAUACAUUUUAUUUGAAGCGCCUUUCACGUCACUCAAGGACACUUUACAGAACAUAUAAAAACAAUAAUAAAACACUAUUAACAAUUAAAAUCAUUAAUCAUCAAACAGUUAAAAUCAACAAAGCAACAUUAAACAUGAACAACAGCAAAGGAAUAAAUAAAGAAAUUAAUAAUACCAAUUGAAAUUUAAUUUAAAAAAGUGGGUUAGGGGUGGUGGGAGGGAUAGGCCAGUUUAAACAGGUGUGUUUUGAGUUUGGACUUGAAGAGGGGGAGGGAGUCUAUGUUGCGGAUGUGUGAUGGUAAAGAGUUCCAGAGUCGGGGGGCAGAGCGACUGAAAGCUCUGCCCCCCAUAGUGCUGAGGUGAACAGGGGGCACAGAGAGGUGGAGAGAGGAAGAGGAACGGAGGUGGCGUGUUGGAGUGGCGAUGUGGAGGAGAUCAGAUAGGUAAGGAGGGGCGAGGUUGUGGAUGGCUUUGAAGGUAUACAGGAGGAUUUUGAACUGGAUUCGUAGAGGGACCGGGAGCCAGUGAAGCUGCUGAAGGAUGGGGGUGAUGUGGUGGGACGAAGGGGUUUUGGUGAUGAUACGGGCAGCGGAGUUGUGGACCAGUUGAAGUUUAUGGAGAGACGUUUAGCAAAGAGACUAAACACAACUCACCUACUCUCUUUCAGCAGCCGCUUGUUUGUAGGGAGACCUCAGGCCAGUCCAUUACGGACUACAGCGGGGUGCGGCAGCUCAAGGAAGAGCAUUUAUGAUCAUUUCUUGAUAGAAAUACAAUCAGACCGAGACGCUAAGACAGAAGAACUACCGCGUCUGCAGAGCAAAAUGAAUAAUAUGGGGAUUAUUACUUCAAGGAAAUGAUAAAGAAAUGAUCAUAAAUGUUCUUCCUUGAGCUGCGGCACCCUGCUGUAGUCCGUAAUGGAUUGGCCUGAGGUCUCCCUACAAACAAGCGGCUGCUGGAAGAGAGUAGGUGAGUUGUGUUUAGUCUCUUUGCUAAAGAAAUGAGUCAAAUUUAAAAAGAUGUUUGGUGUCUAGGACUAUGGCUGUGACCCUAUAUGUCCUGUUGAUGAAGUUAGGUGCUGUUCUGAGCAUUAUUUGUGGCUAUAGAGUGGCGUUUUGGUUGAGGGCGUGGCUCUCUGUAUUUCUAUCCUGAAAGUUGGUAUAACUAGAGAAGCAAGCGGUCGGAAACAUUCAUCUCUGGAGGGGGGGUCUAACUCGGUGUUACGGUUUGCUUGACCCUAAAUUAAAUUUACACUGGAAUAUCCCUUUAAGCUCCACUGAGGGACUUUUGGUCAACUUUGGCGCCCCCUGUGGACAAAGCAAGUCCUCUUAAUUCUUCAUCAUUAAAAUCGUAACUCCUGUAGCUGAUGGUCUUUUUUCACUUUUGAAUAUUAUAAAAAUGCAUCACGAUGAUCCUCAGUUUCUUUCACUAACCUCCAAAAACUCCUCAUGGGAGCUUUAAUAUCACUGUUUUUAUAACCAUAGCCGCAGGGUAGGAGUCAGAUGAAGUGAGUCACAGUGUGGUGACUAACAAACCUGUUUUUAUAAACAUUAUUAUCUGGAAUAAAGACUUAAGUUUAGACUGUGCUGCAGGAACCGGGUUACAUCAGACCAUUAUAUGGCAGUCUUCAGGGACACACGGUUCAAAAAGGUGAAAACAUAUCAAACACAGGACGGUCAGUUAGAUCAGCAUUAACAACCCACUGUGCUAAAAUUUCAGCCGUCUGGAAAUAUUUUAAACUCGUCAGCAAAAACCAUGAUUGAUUGGAGAGGAAGCAGGAUUAGAGCUGCUUCAAUAAUUCUGUUUUUAAAACUUGACAUUUGACAGAGGAAAGGCUGUAAACAACAAACUCUGGAUUGUAAGAAGGAGAAAUUUCCUGGAGAGAGUGAAAAGUCUGAGACGAUUACACAGACAGCGGGUGAAUUUAUCACUGUGGACAACCUGUCCGUAUCAGAGACAGAGGAUGCAGGUUUUUACCACCUCACAGACACAACAACACAUUUCAGACGCUGCCUUAUCAGAGCUGAACGGCAAAGUUUGUAAGGUGAACUACAGACCUUUCAAGAGCAAACGCCACUAAAUCCUUCACGGUUAAAGACCAAAUGAAAUUAAGAUUGUCUUUCAAAUAGCUGUAGGGAACUCAAAAUAGAAAUAACACUUAAAACUCUGCUGCCAAGACCUGUACGGUACAUUUUCCCUCAGAUACAGAUGAUUGUUUUGUUGUUGUGAACACUAAAAUACUUUUAGAAAAUUCAGUAUCACUGCUUUUCCAAAAAGAGUGUUAUUGUAUCCACGUGCAGCAACACCACCUACGCUGCAGCUUUAGAUAGAAACUAAGAGCUUAGUCAGAAAAUAUUGUUUUUGUUAUUUAGUUGAGUUUUUUUUAGUCAUGAUCUGCCUUCGGUUUUAUUUUUAUAUCCUCAAAGCUGCAUUUAUAGAAAGAAAACGGGGCGUGACCUUUCCUCUGAAUCUUUCAGGCCGGCUCUGCAGCUCUGCGCUGAAGAGGUGAAUAAAAGUGUUCCCAGUAUUAAUAUUUGGCCGUAGAAUAUUAAGUUAACUGGUUGUAAUUGUAGUCAGUGUGAUCACAUAAUGAGAAAGUUUGAUUAGCCUAUUAUUCAAUUUAAUCAAAUCAUUAAAGAUUCAUCAUCUGGGCUACUUUAGGAGGUGUGGGUCGGGGAUGUGUGUGAGAUAAGAGAACACACACACACACACACACACACAAACACACACUCUCUUAGAUGCAAGGACACACACACACUGGUCUAUCCAUCCAUCUGGUCCAGUUUCUCUUGAUAUGAUUAAUUGCAUUAUCAUGUCCUGUGUGGUUUGAUGUAUACACACACAUUAUAGCGUGUGUCUGCUUAAGGUACAAAGUGGGAACUAUGAGAGUUUUCUUUCCAAAUGGGGACCUCUGCUGGUGGCAGCUGUUGUUGCUCCUCAGCACUGAGUGUGAAUCAGGGGUUGUAUGAAAAGUUUGGAUUCACAACUUCAGUCAUAGUUUUAACAUUCAACUCCAACUUUUUUGAGAUAUUAGAGCAGAAUUACUCCAGUGGGGGUACUCGUACUCCUGGUGGUAGCUUGGGGAAUUGCAGGGACCACUCGAGGUUUUCUUUUGCUCUUGACACUAUGGCAUGUUGGGUACUUAAUAACAUGUGGAGCAGAUGCAACCAUGUUCAGAUUCAUGUUUGUAAAGGUGUAUAGAUCAUGUUUCAUUAGAGUAAGAGAGUCAGAGACAUUUAUUUGCCAUUUGCAGAAAAAAAAAAAACAUUGGAAAGCAUUGGCGAAAGGACAAUAAAGACAGACAAUUAAGUUGCGUAGAAACAUAGAAUAAAGUGAGUUAAAAUUACUGGUAAAGUUAAGUACAGAAGGACAUUGCAAGUCAUAAUAAUAAUAAUAAUAAUAAUAAUAUUAAUAAUAAUAAUAAUAAUAGUAAUAAAUAAAUAAUGAUAACAAUAAUAAUUUUGAAGUCCGAGCCAGGAACCUUGAGUUAUAAAGAGCAUCUCGUUGAGGCAGGUCAGUGCCAGUAAUUUUCUGAGCCAGAUUGACUAUUCUGGUCCGAGAUUUUCUGUCCUGUACAGUGAGGUUUUUACUAUUAUUAUUAUUAUUAUUAUUAUUAUUAUUAUAGAUCAAGCUUCAUGUAGGGGUCACUUUUCACUUUGUUUCAGCAUUUUAUGCACUCUGUUCAUGAAAAAAAUACUGGUAUGACUGAUGUUAAUGUAAAUGUACUUUAUUUGAUUCAUUUUAUUUUUAUGAUGAAUGACAGUGUUUUAAAUGCCUGUGCCUGCUGCAACCCGAUUGGCCCUUUUUGGGACAUAAUAAAGCUGAAGUUGAAGUGAAGUGAAGUGAAAGUGAAAGAACGGGAAAAAUUAAAAUGGGUUUGUAGUCGAAGAUUAUAAGCUAUAAAUUUGAAAAAGCACAUAUACAAUAAGACACACCUUUAUUUAGUGCAUUUUAAUUCUGUAUCAGAAAAAAGCUAGUAAUUUAGUUUGUAAAUCAGGUGCUGCAUUAAAGUACAAAUCUGUUCUUUUUUGUGUCUCUCUUCUUUCUCCAUCUUCUCUCCUACAACUAAGAGGCUAUUGUUAUACUCUUUGCUUCACUGUGAUUAUGUUGCAGCUUUGUUUAUAGAUCUUUUUCUGUUGCAGCCCUAAAACUAUGGAACGAGCUACCCCUCCAAAUCAGACAAGCCCCCACUCUGUCCAUUUUUAAAACUCGUCUUAAAACCCAUUUUUAUUCAUUGGCUUUUAACCCUGCAUGAGACUCGGCUCCUGUUUUAGUGUUUUAUGGUUUGUUUUUAGUCAUUUGUUUCUAUGUUUUUGAAUUAGUCUUUAAAAACAUUGAAACUCUAUUUUACUUUUUAAUUUUGCUUUUAUAUUAUCCAUUGUUUUGUUUUUUGAUUGUUUUUAUGUCUAGUUGUUUUGUCUAUUCAUGUACAGCACUUUGUUCAGCUGUGGUUGUUUUAAAGUGCUUUAGAAAUAAAGUUGAGUUGAGUUUACUUUUUAAUUUUACUUUGGACACAAUAUAGAAACUAAUCAGUUUACUGUUUAAGUUAAAAAAGUAAAAAAAUAAGCAGAACUUCAACCAACUACUCACUAUGUUGUAAAACAAUAGCUUAGGGAAGCACUGAUUUGAACCUUUAGAUAUUAUUACUCAGGAUAUAGCAUCAUAAAAAGUAACUGUCAUGUUAUCGGAAGAAAAAGUCAUUCUCAAUAUUGAUUUAAACACUUUAUGAUUGUUAGUGGUUAUGAAUCGAAACGGCACAACAUCUUAAAAGCAGAACCUAUAUUGGCUUUCCUACACUGUGGUCUCAGCACUUUCACUUAAAAUAAGGAACAGUGCACAUCCUCAAUCACAACAAGAACUGGUCUUUUGUGUUUAUGGUCAGUCGAUAACAAGAAAUGUCUACGACGAAAAGAGGCUAAAUAAAUAAAGGAAGUGGUGAUUGUCAAUGUGACAAAAGGAUUAGCACAUCAUUAAAAAAAUAGUCUUUACUGACCACCGUCACCAUGAGAUGAAGUGAUCAGUGUGGUCUGCAGAGGAAAGUUACCUCAGUUAUUAUUCUGUUAACAAGAAUCACAUAUUUCAGCACAUGUAAGAGCUGAGCAUACAUGUUAAGUAGAAAUAUUACAAACAUUAUUGUACAUGAUCAAAUUAAUGUUCAUUACAGGUGAAAAAAAAUUAACUCAGCAAGAAAAACAACCAGAAAUGAGAUGUGAGUCUAAACCAGCUCUUCCUCUGCUCAUUCUUACUUUAGCCAAUCAAAACCAAAUAUUUUUAAAGUUAUGCAACAGCGUGUCUUCCCCAGAUUGUAAAAACGGAAAAGCACAUUUUUCAACAGCACAGAGACAUACGUAGCUUCAGAGUGAUUUUCAUCAGAAAUGCAGAGAAACAGACCGCGUGCUCCGGUCGUUUUAAGAGACUGUAAAUCAAGGGGGUUAAUUUUUGCUUUUGCGCCAUUCAACUACAAGGCUGUCUGAUGUUUGAAGUAUUGCAAGUCUGAUAUUUCUGCGUGUUCAAAGUAACUUUCUGCUCUGACUUUAUACACUAGACAUGAUUUAUUCAAUAAAAAUAAAACUCAGUUGAAAAUAAUACUCUUUGACAAACCACAAAAGCAUGGAAGAAGUGGUUUAAGUCAUGAAACCCCAUCCUGUUUUAUAAAAUAUGGAGUCUGACUUACCGUGAGCGUGGGAAAGGAUUUGCUCAUAUAUGAAAAACCACCCAAGUAGGAUCAGCUGAUUCUUCAGUUCCUUUAAAAGAAUCUCAGUGGUUUGAGGUUUUGGGGACAUUUCUCAAAAGUUGUUGGAGUCUACUCAUACUACACUUCAGUCAUUUGGUCCACGGUGAGGAACUUUGAUUCGUGUUGAUGCCAGUGCCCCUUGUGGACAAAACUGGUACCUCUUAUUUCUUGUCCUUUACAUGUGAAAGGUGUAAGAUAUAUCACUCACCAGAGUUAACAAAAAGUGAACAUAGGUGGGUUUUCUGCCUGCUAUUAUCCGGCCUUACCCCCAAUUUCCACCGAAUCUGGAACGGCUACGAAAAGGCCGUAUCCGCCGAUCGCAGCUGAUCGUAACCAUUCAAGUUAAUCUGUCAAUUUCCACCGGCUUCUUUCCGUUUCAGCAGCUGAUCGCAAGAGUUCUAUUUUUUCCGGAUGCCGGAGCAUGCAGCACAGAUUAACGAGUACUUCCUGAUCGUAUUUCACACCAUGCAAACGGGCGGAGACGAACAAGUGAAAGGUUUUUAGACAUCAUUUCACCCCGAUGACACCAUGGAUGAGGAGAUGCUGAUUCUAGAAGUCUAGAAGUAGAUUUCCUCCUCUGGAAGAACACAAUCUACUGCUCAUAUGGUUAGCUUAUGUGGCUAAGAGACAACGCUUUGUCCCGCGAUUGCACUUGAAUCCGCGGGUUCUUGUGAGUUUUCACAAUUCCUGCUGUCGGAUCCGUUUGGCAUUGGCGAAAAUCACAGCCAUUCCAGAUCAGAGCUUGGGGUUGAUAGGACCCUCUUACAGAGAUUUCAAGCAUUCAAAAUGACCACCGUAAAAUUAUCCGUGGUCUCCUCUUUCUUUGAAGGUCAUUGCGAGGCUCAAUUAUCAGUUUCAGUCUAUUUUUCCCCUCCUAUCGUGUGGCGUGUCAUUACAGAUGACACCGUCUGAUUUCCACAUUAAUACAUCUGUAAUUUUAAAUAUGACAUAUGACUUGAAUAUCACACCUACAGUUUGAAAAGUGUUAUUUGCCAUGUCCUAACACUUCUACCUUGUACAGAUGUUUUACAUAAAAAGAUUAGAAGUUCUGCUAGUUAGACUUUUUUUCCGCCUAUAAAAACACCUUCUACUCACUUUAAUUCUGCAUAACGACUUUAAAAUUAAUUCACUGUACUACACUGUGACAUCUUUUCAUCUGGAUUUAGUUUUGAACCGAUCUUGGGGACAUUUUUGAGUCUAAUCAUGCACCAACGCUGUUUCAAGGAAUUGACCUGAUUCAGGGAGUUUCAUCAGACAUAUUUCUAACAAAACCAGCAGCAGAAAAGAGGAAGUGUCCGUGUCAGAGGAUGGGUUUGCCUCUUGGUCAUGUGGCAUUGCUCGAAGUUUGGGGGGAAGUGAGCGUGACAUUCAAUGCUUCAAAAAGGAUGGUUUAUAACAUAGAGGAGGCGAAGACGCGUGCAUUUGCAUAAGAGGAAGUGACAGUAAAAAGGAGGAUAACUGGUUCUGUGACACGUUUUCCUACCAGACUGAACGCAGCUCAGCUUUUCAAUCUCUACAGCAAAGAAAAUUCAUUCAUGUUUGUUUUUCUGCAGCAGAUUUUCUGUUUUUUUUUUUUGUUGUUCUUUUUUUAGCGUAAGGUCUCCGACUUAAAGUUAAUGAGCUGCAUCUUACAAGAAAGCACCACCCCUAUUUUCAGAUGCUUUCACUUCCUCGUUCACCGCAUGAGAAAGAUGAAAAGGAGGUGGUAAGACAGGACUGCAUGUUAGACUUUUCUUCUGAUCAGAGAGGGACAUCGUUCUACUAACAAAGUAAGAAUCCCACACUCUAAUCUUUCACUGAUAUUUGACACGUUUGUACGGUUAAAGAGAUGUGGAUAAUUAUGAAUAUAUUUGAUUGUUUUCCUUGAUUUUCAGGACUACCAUCUCUUAUUUGAUGGACCGUUCACUCAGUCAUUAAAAUUUCUUGCUUAUCCUGGGUUGAUAGAGGACAGGACGAUGACACCGGUAGGUUCAAAGUUGCUCAAACUAAGUAUUGCUUUCCUCCUGCUGGAUAUUGGAAGUUUCGUCCCGCCGGUUGCUGCGUACUUUCUAAGAAAUUGCUGGAUCAAAGGCAAUAAUGUCAUGUGUAAGCCGACUGAAGAAAAAAUCACAGCUGUUCCUCGGGAUAUUCCCUCAACGGCGAACAGCAUCGACUUGUCCUCCAACUGGAUUACAGCAAUCAGAGCCGAUGACUUCAAAAAACUCUUCGUUCUGACAAAUUUGGACCUAAAAAGCAACGGCAUCACACAAAUAGACAGAGGCGCCUUCGCCGAUCUGAUUUCCCUGAAGAAGUUGAAUCUCAAUCGUAACAAACUCCCCGCCCUCAACGAUGAUGUUUUUGAUGGAUUGAGCAACCUCACAGAGCUCAGGGUAUCUUACAACCGCAUCAAAGUGGUGGGACUGACCACCUUUAAGGCCUUGAAGAGUUUGACUUUUUUCGAUAUCUCUCACAACAAACUUCACAGCAGUACAAAAGUCCAGCUUAUCCUGCAGCAGCUGCCAAAUCUACAACAGCUGGUGAUCACAGGCAAUGCCUUAACCCACUUCCAGUCGUGGGAGCUGUCGAACAGCUCGCUCCAGCUUUCGUUUCUCGAUUUGUCCCAGAAUUCCAUCGCAGUUUUUCGGAUUGUCGCAGAUAUUUUUCCAAAUGUCACCUGGUUGAGCAUCGGCUCGACGAUUAAACACAAGAUGAUAUGGGACAUACGGAACAAGACGUUUUUCAGCCGAGUGUCGACCCUGGAUAUCAGCGGGCUUCAGCUGAAGUCCGAUGAUUGGGAAGCUUUCCUACAGAACUUUAACUCCUCUCUGGUGUCUCUGAGGAUGAAUGAGAUGAAACGGAACCUGACGAAGCUCAUCAGAAUUUCCUGCACCAUCCCAACUCUGACCACCCUCCAGCUCAGGGAGAACAACCUCAAAUCCAUCCCUGCUAAUAUGUUUCAGCUGUGCACAAAUCUAACACAACUCGAUUUAUCCAAAAACCUAAUCCAAACAAUCCAGGACGAAGCUUUCAGACCUCUGAAAGGUUUGAGGAUCUUGAUUUUGCAUCAUAACCGAAUUCCAUCAGUUCCAUCCGCCACAAGGAACCUCCCCGGACUUUCCGAGCUGGAUCUCAGCAGUAACAACAUCACCUCAUUCGGAUGCCAAGAUUUUGCUAAUCAGACGAAGCUCAGGGAGCUCAGCCUUUAUCAGAAUUCAGUCCCGGCUUUGACAGACUGUGCUUUCAAAGAUUUAGUAAGACUGCAAGUCUUGAAGCUUCAGACCUGCAAAAUCUCCAAAUUAAACAAUGCGUUCAAAACAAGCCUGCCAAAUCUUUCACAACUGCUACUGAAUGGAAAUCAACUGGUAGUCCUUAAAUCUGGGAGACUACGGGGAUUGAAGUCCCUCAAGAACUUGUCACUCCAUGACAACCAAAUACAGGUCCUCGAAAGGGGGUGUUUCAUGGGACUGACCAAUCUGACUGAGUUACGGCUUCAGUCCAACAGCAUCCUAAGAGAAAAAUUAAAAAAAGGUUGUUUUGACGAUCUCAUAAGCUUAAGGAGUCUGGAUUUGAGGGACAACCACAUCAGUUAUUAUGACACCGAAGCUUUGUCUGACCCGCCUUUCUCUAAGCUCACUCUUCUGGAGAAGUUGGCGAUUCCUGAACAACACCGCAAGGGGAGAACAUACCUGCCUCGCAACAUCCUGCAAGGUUUGACAAAUCUUGUAAACUUUGAAGCAAGGAAUAUGCAGCUUUUACAACUCCACAAAGACACGUUUAAGUACACGCCUCAACUGCAGCAACUUGACAUUAGCUCAAAUGAUCUUGGAGAUCUUUCACCAGAUUUGUUUGCCCCCAUCGGAAACCUCAAAAGCCUCUACAUAUCCAGAAUAACCCUGAAGUCUUUAGAUUUCCUCUUAAACGCCAACCUUACCAAGCUGGAAUUCCUGCAGGCGAGAAAGAAUAUAUUCCCAGUCGUUAGUGAGGAAGAGAUCAACUCCAUGCCGUCUCUGGUUUACAUGGACCUCUCAGGCCACAGUUUCAAAUGUGACUGCGAUAACGCCAAGUUCCUCGAGUGGGUCGUGAACAACACCCAAACCCAAGUUUACGAUGCCUAUUACUUUGAGUGCAACUACCCUCAAAGUCUCAAAGGCACCAAACUGUUGGACUUCGACAUCCAGUCGUGCUCGCUGAACAUUGACUUCAUCUGCUUCGUGUCGACCACCUGCUCCACUCUUCUGUUCAUGCUGGUGUCCUUCACCUAUCAUUUCCUGAGGUGGCAGCUUGCCUACGCCUACUACCUUUUCCUGGCUUUCCUUUUUGACUCAAAACAAAAAAACAAGCAAGUUCAGAGCCAGUAUGACGCCUUCAUCUCCUACAACGCCCACGACGAGCCGUGGGUCAUCGGAGAGCUGCUGCCAAAACUGGAAGAGGAGCAGGGCUGGAAGUUGUGUCUGCACCAUCGAGACUUCGAGCCAGGUAAGAUCAACCGCUACAGCUGUAAACAUGGCCGACAUAUAUGAAGUCUUAUAACUUGUGCCCACAAGAUACUUAUCUUGGGAGUAGAAGUUACUUUCUUGUGAACACAGUAAAAUUAUCUCCUGGCAAAAAUCAUCUUCUGUGAACUAAGUGAGUAUCUUGCUUCCAAAAGGAAUUGAUCUUCCACCCAAAUAUUGUCAUUUUGAAUGCAAGAUAUAACCUUGAAGUAAAAUGUUAUCUUGUGUGCACAAAAUGAGUAUCUUGUUCCCAAAAAAAUAUCUUGUGCCCACACAUAAUUAUAUUGUAUUCAAGAUAUAAUUAACUUGUGAGAACAGGAUAAUAUGUUUGGUGCACAAUGCAGUUAUCUAGAGAGAACAUGAAAUCUUGCAUGAACAAAAUAAGUAUCUUGUACCAAAACAUAAUUUUUUUUUUGCUUAUAGGUUAUUGGGUUGAAGGAGUGAAUUAAUCAUCUUGUAUGGAGCAAGAUAUCUUGAGUACACAUUCAAAUACCCAGAGGUUACAAGUUACCUUGUUCCCACAAGAUUUGUAUCUUGCUCCCAGAAGAAUUAUCUCAUGCCCAUGAGGUUGUGGGAACGUGUUUAGCAUCUCUACCUCUGCAUGAUGUAAUUGUCACGUGAGAGCAAGGUAUCAUCUUGUUGCACAGUGAAAUUAUUUUGUGUUUAUUAUCUUGUGCGCACAAGAUUUAGCUCCAUAUGAAGGUUAUUUGAUGAAGUUUUGUUUUUUUGUGUUAAUUUUUAAAUUUUUUAAAAUGACGUUUUAGUCGUUUUUAGAAUUUAGAACAUAUUUUAGUAUGUAAAAAAAAGGCAUGGAAUAGUAUGUUAAAUAUUUUAUAUUUUAGUGUAAAAAAACUAUUUUAGUUUGUUAAAAAAUGUCAGAGUAUGUCAAAAAUUUUACAUUUAAGUAUAAAAAAAUUGUCAUUUAUUAUAAAAAGUCAUAGUACAGUAUGAUAAAAUGUCAUUAUAGUCAUACUAUAUCUUUUAAUUUUUUUGUAUAAAAAAUGUCAGAGUAUAGACUGAUAAAAAUUUUAUAUUUAAGUACAAAAAAAACAUAUUUUUUAUGAAAAAAAAUGUCAUAGUAUGUCAAAAAUCUUAUAUUUAAGUAUAAAAAAUGGUCGUUUUGUAUAAAUAAAUGUCAAUAUAGAAUGUUAAAAAACAUAUAUUUAAAUAUGAAAAAAAAAUCAUAUUUUAGUAUGAAAAAAAAUGUAAUUGUAUAGAAUGUCUUGAAUACUCAACAAUUCAAUCAAAUAACAGGAUAUUCUCAGUUUGUAGUUUUGCCUUCAGUCCAGAAGGUGUCACCAAAGUACUUAAAAAGCCAACCAGAGGAACCCAUGAGGAGGAACCAGAUUCAGAUCUUGAUUUCCCUGAGUGAUAGACACGUCUGUCCUUUGUUCCCUCUCCUGCAGGUAAACCCAUCAUAGAAAAUAUCACAGAUGCCAUAUAUGGAAGCAGGAAGACGAUCUGUGUGAUCAGCCGCAGAUAUUUGGAGAGCGAGUGGUGCUCCAGAGAAAUCACGCUGGCCAGGUAACAAACCAUGUAAUCUAAGAAAACAACACAGUAGUUUACCAACCCGUCACAUUCUGUUGUCUUCAAAAAUAAAGAUAAAAAUAGUUUGAGAAGUUUUGUAAAUCAUCAUUUUUAAGUUUUGGUGUCUGUGUCAGAGCUAGCACAUAAAUACAAGUGAAAUUAAACUUGUCGAAGAAGGUAAAAGGUCGCUGUUUUUCUCGUCUCAGCUUCCGCCUCUUCGACGAGCAGAAGGACGUCCUCAUCCUUGUGUUUCUGGAGGAGAUUCCCACGGCUCAGCUGUCUCCUUACCACCGGAUGAGGAAGGUCCUGAAGAGGCGCACCUAUCUGAGCUGGCCGCGGGCUGAGGGGAACACCAAACUGUUCUGGCAGAAACUCCACCAGGCUCUGAAGACCAAAGAGAACCACGGCGAGGAACAGUUCCUCCUCACUGUGGUCAACCAACCCUGACAAGAAAAUACAGACACUGAUGCAGCUUAGGGCUGAACUUUGAACCUCUCCUCUCUCUAAACCCUGAGCUCAGUCUCAGCAGAUGACUGUCCAACAUCAGUCUGGUCCUGCUCGAGGUUUCUGCCUGUUAAAGGUGGGGUAGUCAGGAUCUGAGUUAGUUCCAGUUUUUAGGAGAAAAGAAAAACUCGACCCCCUUCCAAUUAAAUUCAGAUAUAAUGCAGAUCAAUACUUCAGAUCAUUACAAAUGGGGCCCAGUCAAGGUGAAAGUCAAAAGCAUUGGUGCUACUGUAGAUGCCAACAGACUACCAGCAAACACAAUGUUUGCAGGACUUCUACAACGAGGAUAAAGUGACAUAGUCCAGGACCCGAGGGAGGACAGUUUAGCGAUGGCGCUACAACACGCUACAGCAGGUCCGUUUGACAAGAAACACUUCUGUUACAGACACUUGUCUUACUUUGUUAAAGCGGUUUACCUGUCCAGCAGAAAGGUUACAGGGUCACCAAGAUCCCCAAGCGUCCCCCAUCGUUUAUGUUGACCCGGCUUUUUAGCUCUUGUCCGGUCUACCUCCGUUUUAAGCGCCCGUUAUUCCUCCAGAGUCUCCGGUAUUUACUUUGUUUUCUUGCUUGUGUCGGCAGUCGUGGCCAAAGGAGGAUUCAGACAAUUUUCCGAACUUUCUGGUUGGUUUCUACUGUCCGAUAUUGUAGCACGCUAACUUUGUUUGGGCUCCUGAACGACACGGGGGAGCAGCGUCUGCCUCACAACCAAUCAGGUUAGAGGAGGUGGAGAACGGCUUUGUUUACAGUCAGAAAGAGCGGACCGCUCAAAAAUGUUCAAAUGUUGACGACACAGACAUAAGAGAACACAGAGAUAUCGAUAUAUUACCAAAUGUCAUCAAUAACUAAUAACUAUUGACUGAUAUGAAAAGAUUAUUUGUAAAUACGCCACAAAAAAAAUAAGAUGCUUCUUUCACGGAUUCCUGUCUACUCCACCUUUAAUAGAAGUUCUUCCUCUCCUCUGAAACUCUCUAAAUGCUGUAAAGUGAUUCACUCGUGUGGAUGAAGAUCAGGAUGGGGGUGUGUCUGAUCUUACAGGGUGGAGCAGCUCCAUCAGUGGGUCUUUGUAAAUAGAGUUUUUUUAAGCAUCCUUGGAUAAAUAAAGAUUGAUUGUUUUAAAGGCACUGUGAGUAACUUCCAAAGAGCUUGCUUUUACCCAGAGUGCAUUAGUUUCCUCAGCAAAUGAAUGUAAUAGAUCAUCUUUUUUAACUUCGUCAUCACUCGAACCUCAGGAUCUGCUUUCCAACGAUGUAAAUCAAAAUGACUUUUUUAUGGGAUCUGAUCCGACAAAGAGAAACAAACUCUGUUUUUAAAGUGUUUUUAAAACGUCUUUAUUUUUAGACAUUAAAAAGUUUCUGAGUUACCAACAUAGUCGUGUUGAAUGGAAUACAAUCACAAUGACUCACAAUACUGCUGAAUUACUCCACAGUAUAAAUCCCAAUCUUUGAAUACAUGAAGUAGCUGUUAUCGCAUUAGUACAAAAACUUUGCAUAAUAUUAGAGAUAAAUAGUAAAGAAAUAAUUAUGUUUUUCGUAUUAAAAAUACUACUCUUCCCUGUUUAUAAAACAGAACAAUACAAGAAGAAAGGUCACAGAAUAUCACAACAGUCCCCGUCACAGUUUGUUUGUUUUUUUAAGUCAAGAGGAGGAUGGGGAUUUUCUCCGUCUGUCUGUCGACGGUUCAAGACGAUGCCGUGGUUUUCUGGAUUUCCUCUUUCUGAGUUUUUGGGUUAUUCUUGUCGCUACGGAGGAAAAAGAAACACGAAGUUUAGUCACACACGAGCCUAACAGCGAGGUAAUAUUUUUAAAAAAGCAGAAUAAACUGAUUUAAGCGUACUCACUCUAAGCACUUCAUCAGGUUUUGGGUAUGACUGGAUGAUGGAUUGGCGCAGAUGAACCUUCCCCUGAGGUGGAAGCUGUGGAAUCCAGGAAACAGAGACAAAAAUUAACCACGAGCGCUCGCCCUCACGGAACAGACUCUCUCUCUCUCUCUCUCCCUCUCAUUCCUCAGAGUUAGCCCCCCCAAAGCGUUUCUACACACAUUCCUGACGGCUGAUUCUGGGCUAAACUUUAACUGGGAAAGUUGUUUGUGUUCCUGGUUUACUAAGUGGUAUUUGAUGUUUGAGGUCAAACAUUCAGGGUUUAUGUACUUUCACUUCAGUCAAAACCCUUAUGCAAACACUCGGGUGUGGAGGUUGAAACAGGCAGCUGAAUCAGUUUUUCACUAAAUCUAAAUUUAUAGAAUUCAAACCAAGCAAAUUUAUUUUUAUAAAAAGAAAAACAAAAACUAUAAAGACUUUAAUCUUUAACAUAAAUUCACUUGUUUUAGUGAGUGAAGUGAAGGGGACAACAUGAGGACGACAACUACUGAAGUUGCUUGUGCAGAAAAUAUUAAAUAACUUCAAUAUCACGUAAAAUAACUUUUUUGACCAGCUGUUCGUGACCCAAUCAGAACGUCAUAAGGAAACAUCGGUAUUAAAUUUAGCUUUUUCCUAACUAGCUUAAAGUCUUCAGAGGAGCUAACUAUUUAAGUGCAAGCUCAGGCUAGUUUUAGUUGUUACGCACCAGCAACUAUAAAACACUCUUUCUUUUUUUUUGUUCAGUCAAUUUAACUUCACCACAAACUCAUCAGUCCGUCUGUUUAUUUGUGUCACUGAGUAAUCGCUCAUGUCAGAUUUGGCAGAACUGUGACUCACAUAACGGCGUUCAUGUCGCAGGACGUGUUGAUGGUUUGGAUGGUGUAACCCAGCAGCCUGUUGCAUUUCAGGUGUCGUCUCGUGUACCACAGGCAGCAGCUCGCUGCAAAGAAACAGACAUAAGUGUUCAGAUUAAAUAUAUUUAAACUGAUAUUUUCAGGAUGUUUUUUUGAUGCUGAAACAAAAUUCUUGGCUUAAAUUUAAUCAUAAUAAUAAUAAAAAUACUAAUAAAAAUUAAAAAUAAAUAAAUUUAAAAAAAUUGAAAAAUAAAACAAAAUAAAAAUAAAAAUAAAACAAAAUAAAAAUAAAAAUAAAUAAAUAAAAUAGAUUUUAAAAAAUCAAAAAAAAUUCCUGCACUUUCACUCUGCAUUCACAGGUACUUGGAGCUUUACUUUGUGAGACAGUGCACAUUUUCUCCCUGAGAGCAUCCACAUUAAUGAACGAGGAUGUUAAAAACUCACCUGACUGAGUCCUGUCGACGAAGCUGCUGAGGAUGAGGAGGGAGCACACGGCUGUCACAAGAACGGUUUUUCUGAUCAUUGUUCCUCGCUCGCUAGUUUGUUCUUGCAGAUCCGCUUUGGUCUGUGCCGCAGUGAGGCUGUAUCGUGGUUAAUGUGUCUCAAAGCACCUCAGAGGAUUCAGUUAGAGUGUGACUGAGAUGGCGCAGCGCUCGCUGCUUAAAUAGGACGUCUCAGGGGUUUUCCCUCGUUCUACAGGAUUGUGCAACACUGUGUGCAAGCUUUGGAUGUGUGCCAACAGGUGAGUGUGAGAGAAUGAGACAGGUCGAAUUACAGGUCACACAUUAUUAAUGAUAUAACAAAAGAAAAGAUAUACAGGUGUGGGCUUCUCAUGCCACCACCUCCUUUACUCUGUUUAGAUGUGCAGUUUACUGUUAAAGUUAAUCCCCCAAAGUUGUACACUUCAUACUGAACCUUGACACAGUUAGAUAUUUGCUGGUGAAUAUGGUUUAUCGGUAAAAGGCUGGAAAGACCCUUAUUUCCACGCAGCAGCUCGGAGAAAACAAAAACUGAACAAAAAGUGUGAAAAUAAACUGAGAGGAAAACAAAAGUAACUCUGCAGCUCGACUGAGAGUGCAUUUCUCACAUACAUGAACAAAAAUGACCGAUUUACUCACAUGAAAAAGCCUAACGGUGAAUAUUCAACAAAGUACUGCAACCCUAAUUCAAAAUGUUGGUAAAAUAAUAAAAAUAAAAUCAGAUUAUGAUGGUUUGACAAACCAGCAAAAGCCAUUUAUUGACAAAAAUUAAAAAACAACUGUCUUUAAAUGAAGAAAAUUGGAAUAAAAGGGCGUCCUCAGAGAGUCAGUUAUCGUAUUUGUCUCACCAUCAAUGAAUGCGUCUAUCCGCGUCUAUUUACAUAGAUAAAGCACAUUAAGCCAAACAAAACAGUGAGAUAAGUCAAACUUGAAGUGCGCCUUAUAGUGCAAAAAUACGGUAAUCUAGAGAACUCAGAGUAUAGAAGGGAUCCUUCAUCAUGGGCCCUCAGGCAUUAAAAACAGACACGACUCUGUUGUGGAAAUCACUGCAUGCUUUUCCACAUUUACAACAAAAACUGCAAACUUACCAAGUUUGGUGUCUGUACGACAUGUAUGCAAAGUUUCAAUUCACGAGGUAAACGUCAUAAUCUGAGAACGUCGAUGUAAACUGAUCAAAUCUCAGACAAACAGCGAAAACGCAAGAUUGGAGUUUAUGCGUGAGAUUUACUAAAAUUCUAACGUAAGAAUAUAAAUACAUGGCGGCACAAGAACAGGCGUUGAGCACCAGAGCAAUAGAGGCCCAGAUCUACCAAACCAGGCAAGAUCCCAGGUGCAACGAGGGCCCUGAAACAGUCCAACACCUAACAGCAGGAUGCAAGAUGCUGGCAGGAAAAGUAAACAUGGAACGCCAUGACCAAGUAGGCGGUGUAGUGUACAGGAACCCUGAGGUCAAAAUGGGAAGAACCUCCCAAGGUGAUGGAGAAUGACCGAGCCAAGAUCCUGUGGGACUUCCAGAUACAGACCGACAAAAUGGUGAUGGCCAACCAACCGGACAUUGUAAUCGUAGACAAACAGCAGAGUAGAGCCGUUGUGGUAGAUGUCGCCAUCCCGAGCGAUACAAACAUCAGACAGAAGGAACACGAGAAACUAGAGAGGUACCAAGGGCUAAAAGAGGAGAUAGAGAAGCCUGGAAGGUGAAGGCAAAGGUGGUGCCUGUGGUCAGCGGGGCAGUAACCCCAAAACUGGAGAAGAAGUGGCUCCAACAGAAGAGUGCAGUCCUAGGAACAGCGCAGGACCCUCAAGCUCCCGGGCCUCUGGUAAAGGACCUGAGCUUGAAGAGACACAACACCGCCCAGGGUGGGCGAGAGAAGAGUAUAAGGGGGUAACGCUGCUCAGCUGAUCAACCACAGGGAGGGAGGGGGGGACUGUCACUACCUGAUCUGUACCAGAUACCACAUUUGUUGGCUAGCUAUCGGGAGGCUCCAGAGAUAAUGCCGAGGCAUUCGCCAGAGCUCCUGCCCAGAACAGUGAGACCUUUUGGGCCACAGAGAGCGCCGCCACCCGCUCAAAAUUAUGGUUCUCUGAUUCUUCAAAGUUUCAAGGGGGGAUUUAUUUAAUACAUUUAUUAAGAAGAAGCCUCCACAUUUUGGACAAUGAUUUUCAGCGUUUUUAUACAGCAUUUCAAUUUGAACAAUGAAAUAUUCACAUUCAUUCAAGCCUUUUAGAACUACGUUACAAUUUUACAAUUUAGCUGAACCUUUAAUCGUGAAACUGGGCGCCAUUCUCUUGACCUUCCGGCACUCUGCUUCAGUCGGGGGAAGCACUUAAUUCAGGAGAAAAGCAUGAAGCUGUUAUAAACUGAAGCAUCCGUUCUGACUGAAGCGAGCUCGCUGAUGCUGAAGAUCACAAACCGUGGCGAGGGGCAAAGAAUUGCUGAGCUGUCGCAAAGAUGGCGAGUAUUAACCAUGAACUCGUGUGUCGGGAUUGCAGCUUUUGGACAUUGGGUUGCAAAAGUUCACAUCAGCUGAUCUUAUGCUGCCGUUCCUCCUGUUAAUAUUUUUCACAUGAAAAGGUGAUUAACCAGCAUGUUGGCGCAGAGUUGGGGACUUUUUAAAACUCGGUUAUACAGUAACCACACCCUUCGAUUUAACAGGAAUGGAAUCUCUUCAGUUUGUUUGACUCACACAAAAAAAGUUUAAUGUCUGAGGACCAAAGAUAACCAUUCUGUGAUGGUAACAACGUCUCCAUGGUAAAAUGAUCUCAUCGGGUCAACAGCACGUUCACACGCUAAACAGUUAACAUCAGUAAACACACAAAGUCUCAAGAUUAUCUGUCUUAUCAGCCGUCACAGGCCGGGGUUUGAUAGAGAAAGAUUUAGAUAUUCCCAUGAAGUGAAGAGUCAUCAUUGAAGCUGAGCCGAGCGGUACGUUAGUCUGAGGAGGCUGUUUGUUUUGGUUUUGGAGCCCCCUGUGGACGAAGUUUGGAUUCAUCUCUGAGCAAAGCCGUCGAACGAAUGUCAAAGUAAAGAGGUGAAUAUCCUCAUCCAGAGUCUGACAGAGGCAAAGACGGGAAGAAAAUCACCGUUCUGUGAGAGACGGCGAAAGAAUCAGAGAAAGAAACAAAAGAGGGAAGUCUGAGAUCCGGUCCUGGAUUAGUGCCAUCGAAAGGCCGUCAGGCGUUCACUGUUAUCUACAACCACUUUGUCACCCCGUCCACAAAUCCAGACGUGCCCACAGAGGAAACCAUGUUCCACAAACAAGAAACUUCUUUUUCAGCUCAUUUCAAAUGAAGUUAGAUGAGGCGCAUCAUGCAUGAAAAAUGCUUUUAUAUGGCUCUGCUGCCAUAAAUACCUUGACUGCACCGACUUUUGUUGUCGUACGACUGAGAUCAAAGUUUUUCUGGCCCUGACCCAUCGGAGAGACUGAUUACCGUCUGAACUGUAAACACUGAAGCUUUCAUAUCUGAAAUGGCAGCACAAAGAAAGAUAAGCGUCUGUUUCCAAGACGUUAUCUUGUUCCUCGACUAUCAUAAAAAGUGGAUUUGACUUUUUUCAGUUUGAGUGCCUCCUGUCCUCAAAGCAGUUCAGCGUACUUCCUCAUAGUUCUCAUCAAUAAAACAUGCCAAGACAUCUCAACAUGGUGUGUCUUCAAACUGUCAAACUCAUCAGUGAAAGUGUUGAUCUGAUGACAAAUGAGUCAGUGGAAAUAAGUUUGUUUUUGUAACUACCUGAAUAUGGAGAGAGUGCCGAAAAACACCAAAACCAGUCCGGUGAGUCCUCCAGAAGAUCCAGAACCUGACCCCAAACAGGCGGGAACUGCAGUCCCAGUCCGUAAAUGUAAAUGUUCUUAAUUUAUGCAGCACUUUACUACAACCCUUCUGGUGAACCAAAGUGCUUUACAAUAGAAAAUAAAAAUGAAUACAUAAAAACAAUAAAAGCAACAAAAAAAUAAUAAAAUACAAUGCGAUAAAAUAAAGGAUGGAGCGGGAGAUCGAUAGGCGGAUCAGAGCGGCGUCAGCAGUGAUGCGGACGCUUAACCGAUCAGUCGUGGCGAAGAAAGAGCUGAGCCGUAAGGAGAGACUCUCGAUUUACCGGUCGAUCUACGUGCCAAUCCUCACCUACGGUCAUGAACUUUGGGUAAUGACCAAAAGAACAAGAUCGCAGAUACAAGCGGCUGAAAUGGGUUUCCUCCUCAGGGUGUCCGGGCUCAGCCUUAGAGAGAGGGUAAGGAGCUCGGACACUCUGGAGGCGCUCAGAGGAGAACCGCUGGUUAGGACGCCUUCUGGACGCCUCCUGUUAGAGGUGUUCCAGACAUGUCCCACCGGGAGGAGACCUCGUGGCCGGCCCAGGACCAGGUGGAGGGAUUAUAUCUCGCCUGGCCUGGGAGCGCCUGGGAAUCCCCCCCGGAGGAGCUGGUGGAAGUGGCCGGGGUGAGGGCCGUCUGGGCUUCGACGACGGCAAUAAAAUAAAGUGUCACCACGCUACUGGGUUUUAAAAAUCAGCACAAAUAAAUACGUUUUCAAUCAGGAUUAAAAAAAGGCCCAGGUCAAAAAUAAGUCUCAUUUCUGCGGGGAGUUUAUUCCAGAGCCUGGGACCAGCGACUGAAAGGUCUCGGUAACCCCAGUGUUGGACCUCAGAGCUCUGCCCGGCACCCGAACGGUUAAAAGCUCAGAUAAAUCGGUGGGGGUGACGGGAAGCCGGUGAAGGGAGAUAAAGACGGGGUGAUGCGCUCACGUCUGUCUGAAAGCGACGAAGAGAUGAUUGGAAGAUGCCGACAUAAAGUGUGUUACAAUAGACGGGUUUCUCGUGCACAAACAAUACUAGGUGCACAUGCAACCAUGGGGCAAAGGUCUGCUUCGGAGUGAACUGACAUCAAUGAAGAUGUCGUAUUGUUUGCCAGGUCUCCCCGACACAAUUUCAAUAAAAUGUCAUUGAAAAACACUCCGUCUUUCACUGCAUCAAAAUCAGAAAAACUCGCUGAAACGUCCACGAAUUUCACUCAAUCUACCAGGUCAUGACGUUGUUUUAGAUGUCUCUGAUAUCAGGAGCAGGUCGGAAUGUUUGCCGAUCGUUUGUUUUGCUGAUUCGUGCAGUUUACAGCACAACCGCUCCCUGUCAUUUUUUUCUCCGUUGACUCCGCUAGUAAAAUAAAUAAAUAAGAAAUGUCCCGCAUACCUGCCAUGACGUUGCACAGAAACCCGUAUAUCAUCCAAUCAUGAACUGAUUAGAGCACAGAUGGAUAUCUGAAGGUUGUCCCGGCUGAAAAUCAUUUUGAUCUUGGCCAGGAAGAAAACUAGUCCUGACAACAUUGUCAAUUUGUUUGUCAAAAACCAAUCCCAGAUUCCUGACAGUUUAUUAUUUAGAUAUAGAAAAUUUUGAGCCAACCUCUGCUUAACAUCAACAUUACAAGCAAACUAAGAAUCUUGCGCACUGCCAAAGUUUGUCAGACACGUUUGCAGAUAUAAAUAUGUGAGAGGAAGUCAAACCCCAAUCAUGUCAGGUGCUAAAUGCAUAAAAAUCUCGACCCGGUUCGUUCCUGUCCUCGUUCACACACAUUCACAAUAAAGUUAAUUUAAGCCCAAAUGUCAGGAUGAAGUCAUUUCAGUGAGAGUUUGUUUCACACCUGCUCACACAGCGUAACUUAUACGGUUAAACAAACAGCCGAACACACCUCAACAUGUCCGCACAGGUUCAAACCCUUAAACUGUCUUUAUCUGUUACUAUAUUUAGCUCUGUGCUAUUUUUAACCACUGACGGUGAUUUAAUCAUUAAUUCGACACUGAAGCGUUACCUCACCCCUGGAGAAUUCAACUGUUUCUGUCCUUGUGCUAAAAAUAGAAACGGACGUUUAUUCAGGUUACAUCUGACUUUCUAAUCUCAAGAGUUGCAUCAUGCUCAGCGUUCAGCCGAGAGCAAUAACUUCAAGUUUCCUCAUCGUUCAUGUUCAGCACUCUCACAUACCAUUGACAAAUCUGAUGACAAUCUUUAAAGAGUUUCUACUGCUCCAUAAAAUAAGACUGCACAACUCGGCUCGGACUCAGUUCAGACUGAGGUUUUCAUCAUCAACUGCACCCAGAUUCCUCACCUUUCCUGCUGAGCCUGGACUCAUAAUCAUGACCUCAGUUUGAUCUGAUUUUAGCUGCAGGAAACGACGAGAAAUCCAUCAUCUGUUUAUGUCUCUAAAACAGUUUUUAUUAGUGUGUUAAAAUAGUUAUCAUACAGCUGAGUAUCAUCCGCAUAUGAGUGAAAACUUACAUGGAGGAAAUGACCCAGGGGUAAGAGGAGGAGUGGUCCAAGGACAGUUUGCAUGGUGUGAAAUACGAUCCUCCUGAAACACGGAGUGUUUUAUUUUGAAAAGAAGCCGGAUGUUUUAUUUUGUGUCUGUGCCCGACUUCCUUUCCAGCACGGGUUAAUCUGUGCUGAAUUUAUCCGCCAUGCUCCGGCGUCUGGAAAAAAUCGAACUCUUGUGAUCAGCUGAGGAGUCCGGCGAUCCUCAGAGGAACGGAAAGAAGUCGGUGUAAAUUGACACGUUAACUUGAAUGGUUACGAUCAGCUACGAUCGGAAGA